GAAAUGGGAUGGGUAGAGAGGAAUUGCAUCGAAGUAAAAAUGGCUGGCGUGUCUCUCAAGUGCGGCGACUGUGGGGCUCUGUUGAGGUCCGUAGAAGAAGCGCAGGAACACGCCGAACUCACUUCCCAUUCGAACUUCUCCGAAUCGACCGAACCUGUUCUCAAUCUCGUUUGCUCCAUUUGCUCUAAACCCUGCCGAUCCAAAACCGAGUCUGAUUUGCACACAAAGAGGACCGGCCAUGCCGAUUUUGUUGACAAGACUUCCGAGGCUGCUAAACCGAUAAGUUUGGAGGCACCAAAGGUAGAUGCAACUCAAACGUCACAAAACCCCAUCGCUGAGCAAAAUGAAGAAAUGGUUGUUCCCGAAGUGGACAAAAAGCUAUUCGAGGAGCUUGAAUCCAUGGGUUUUUCAGCCGCUCGAGCAACGCGGGCACUUCAUUACUCUGGUAAUGCUGGCCUUGAGGCUGCUGUAAGUUGGAUAGUAGAGCAUGAGAAUGACCCUGAUGUAGAUCAGAUGCCCUUGGUACCCGCCAAUUCUAUAACUGAGGCUCCUAAACCUUCUCUUACCCCAGAAGAACUAAAGGUCAAACAGCAGGAACUAAGGGAGAGAGCUCGUAAGAAGAAAGAAGAGGAAGAGAAAAGAAUGGAGAGAGAAAGAGAAAAGGAGAGAAUUCGUAUUGGCAAGGAGUUGUUGGAAGCAAAGAGAAUUGAAGAAGAGAAUGAGAGAAAACGCUUGUUGGCUUUGAGAAAAGCAGAGAAAGAGGAAGAGAAAAGGGCUAGAGAGAAAAUCAAGCAAAAGUUGGAAGAAGACAAGGCAGAAAGAAGGCGGAGACUUGGAUUACCUCCAGAGGAACCUUCAGCCGCCAAACCUUCACCUGUUGUGGAGGAGAAAAAGGGUUUUCUGCCUGUUAGGCCUGCCACAAAAGCUGAGCAAAUGAGAGAGUGCUUGCGUUCUCUCAAACAGAACCACAAGGAGGAUGAUGCCAAAGUAAAGAGAGCAUUCCAAACACUUCUAACUUAUGUUGGGAAUGUUGCCAGAAAUCCUGACGAGGAAAAAUUCAGGAAGAUUCGACUUAGUAAUCAAUCUUUUCAGGAAAGAGUUGGUUCUUUGAAAGGGGGCAUUGAAUUUCUGGAAAUUUGCGGGUUUGAGAAGAUCGAUGGUGGUGAGUUUUUGUUUUGUCCUAGGGAUAAAGUUGAGAUGGCUGUCCUGAAUUCUGCUGGAUCUGAACUAGACUCUGCAAUAAAGAAUCCCUUUUUUGGAGUUCUUUAGUUGAGGCAACUAUCAUAAUCAGAUGCUUGACAAUUAUAGUUUGAUGUAUCGAAGUUAAGUGCUAUCGGCUGUUCAUUACAUAAUGUGUUAUUUGCCUUGGCUGGAAGGUAUCUACGGAGAUAUUUAUUCUUGGUUGUCAUAUAAGUUUUUGAUGUUUAUACAAAGUUGUUUCGCGACUUAAGUAUCUUGUAUCUAAUGCUGCAUGCAACCACUCGGCUAAGUUAUUAUGGUCAGGAUUGCAUAAGCUUUAAGCAAAAUCUAAAAUGUCGAAUUAAAGU